UUCUGAUUGGUCGCCAUUGACGUCACUGCUUAAUGGCACAAUGGUAAUGAGUAUUUACCCUGGGUUUUAAAAUUUUUUGGGGCUUUCACUGCAGCACAUCGUCUAGGCAAGCGCACGAACGAAGUUCCACCGAAGCAAGCCAAAUAAGAACAUUUGGAACAAAAGCAAGAUAUCUUCCGGGCUGUUGGACUGAUACAGACUAUAUAAUGACGGUAGGUUUGAGACAUUUGUAUUGAAUAUGAAUCAGGAUUUAUCACUAUUCACGGUUUAACGAAACUCGAGAACUUCCAACAAUUUUGCCUAUUUUUUUUGACGUCGAAGUUCUUUGCUCGCGUUACUAAAGUAUAAGCUUUGUUGUUCUUGUAUGUAGUAUACGAAAAUACAAGCGAGGGUUAUUUUAACUUAGAAUACAUCGCGACAUUCUGUUAAUUCGUUUGCUCGAAAUUCGUAUUCUCAUAAUUUAAUAUGGCAGGUUUUGUGGAGCAUAACAAGAAGCAUAACGCACUAUCCCCAGCAGAUCAAAACUUAUAGAAAGCUAGCAAAUAUACGCGGCAAUGCCUGUUCAAAGAAAUAUAUCACAGCGUGGAUAUCCCUCUUGUAAUAUUCAAUCCCCGGAGCUUUGCAGAAGGGUUUCCUUGAGAGCUUUGCGUCACAUACCAAGUAGCUAUAAUAUUGCUUCCAAAUAUUUCUAAUGGGCUUCAAAGCGUUUUUGCACGAAGUGUCAAAUCAUGUAGUUCGCAAUUCGUUUGUAAUAUCUAACUUACAACGAAAACAAUAGAUAUACACAUUAAUCAUUAUGAAUUUAUGUCUGGGUUAUGCUUUUUCCGAAUGAUCUAGCCUUGUAUUAUUGUAAUUCUAUACUUGACUGUUACAAAUAAAGCGAUGAGUUAUUUCAGGUCUCGUAAUAUGAGCGUUGUAAUAUACAGUUACAGCAAACAAGGUCAAUGCCAAAGAGGAUGGGCUGCAGUUUUAUUAGAUGACACAAAUUCUGCAAGUUAAACGGUUGUUAGCAGCGCUUUGUACUAAAUUUCUGCCUCUCAGAAUAAUCCUAGCUAUUUAAAAAUAGCUAAAAUUCAUACUUCACUCUUAGACUUAGUUUAGGGAUUCUAGGCUAUCUAUUUUCGCACACUGAAACUGAGCUUAGAUAUAACAUUUCACAGUUCCUAUCCUAAAUUAAACCUAACUCUGUUUUGGCCAAGUUUUAGUCGACCGAAGAAAAAUAUAAGCACGAUAAGCCACAAGUAAACAUCAUCCAUCCUGCAUUCUGAUUGGUCGAGCGGUUGACAUAAAUAGAACUUUAAUUUGACCCGUGUAUUGUUUUUCCCUUAUCAAUCAACGGAAGUGUGGACAAUAGGUUUGGCUGUGCUGGCAGAUUUAUUUUUCGCUUACAGUGACAGAAAUUAAAUCGCUGACAUUAUUACUUCAAACAAAUUGCAAUCAGGCUUUCGUAUGUCGAACUAUGUCAAAUGUUUUUGCUGUUUGCUAUUGAUAUACUAUGCAUAUAGCCCCUUUAAUAUAUUGUAGUCGAAAACCUGCUUUUAAAUCCCAGUAAGAAUGUGUACCAAAUAUCAUAGAAAUGUAGCAAUUUCAAAGGGGAAUCAUCCAUUUCACCAUUUGGCAUCAAACCAAUGUCUAGAUAUUAAUCCUGCAGGGUAAUGAGUUGGCGAGUAUAUGAACGGUCGUUAUAUUGCGGGCGUAUAAUAGAAUAUAAUACAAAACCACAAAAUUACCUUUCAGGCUGAUGAUGGCCUUAGCACAAAACUAAUGAGGAAAAAAUGACCAUCAAAAAUGCUUAGCUGUGAACUUUUCUGCAAUGGCAGUAAACCGGAACGUACUAGAAUAAAUAUAUAGACUUAUAUUAUUCAUUUAUAGGUUCUGUCUUGCAGGGAACUGUAUUGAAAAGGCACCGUGCUGGCUGCCACAUAAUUUGGUCGCAUUUGGGGGCGACCACUUGUCCACAUUUUAAUCGAAAAGGAAUCCCCUGGCAUUGCUAGUUUUUCCGGUUAAGCUAUGAAAGCUUUGGUAUAAGUAUACAAACUAGGAAAUGAGAUUUGAAAAAGAAAAAAACAGCCCAAAGGCACAAAUUAUAUUCGAAUGAAAGAGGAAACUAUAAGAAAAGUAUUUGUUCUAGCAACAAAAGGACACUGCAUGAUGUAUCCAUUUACUAAUGAAAACUAAUUUCCUCAAUUUUGCUUGGCGCAUUUCCAAAUUUGGUCUCUAACUAGUUUAGUUACUUAUAAUUACGUUUUGAAGUUUUCUACAAAGAAAUCGGUCCUAGUUUAAUGCCAGAUGGGAAAUUAAGAGAAAUAGAGAAAACAAACUCGUCGUUUGGGGAAACUGUGCCCGUGGCGAGCCCAUUAGCCCCAUAUGCGAACUUUUUAGAUGAUAGAUAGAUUUGACUCUCUGGAUUUGACUGUAGAUGAACUGUACUUUACUGCAUGAGGUAUGCCUCCAACUGCCCAGGAGCUACCGAUCUGUUUUUAUAAACUUUGUAUGGAUAUUAUCAUAAGUAUUAAUCUGAUACAAUAAAAAAUCAAUCUGCAUUUACAUGACCGUUGCAGUGUAAUCAGAUUCAAAGGCAGAUCACGUACAGGUACAGCAAUGACAAAUAAGGCCAACUCUUUCAGCACCACUGCACCAGCAGUUUAUAUGUUUAUAUUGUUUAUAUUUUUGUUUCUUUGCAUGGAUUAAUGCUUAAAAUUCCAUUAUUACGAUUGCAGCAUGAAUAGUCAUUAGCUACCACAAAGGAAAACUACACUUUAAGAGAAAUUUUAACAGACGAUCUGACUCAUCUGAGCAUGCAUGAGGCAAUAAAGAGGAUUUAUUUUGGAUGUACACGAUAAUGUGGACGUAGGAUGGCAUCAACAUCAAUAACAUGCAUGCGGAAUUACGAUAUGGAGUUGAGCAGAUCUUUAUAGAUGUGUUCAUCUCUUUUCUUUUAAUAGUAGCUAAAUAAAGUAAGAGGUUUCCCAUGUUUUCUGUUGAACCUGGUAUAUUAUUUCUGUUAUUCCUGUUGUGGUUUACCGAGAAUGGUUAGCCCACGCAUCAUUGCACACCUGGAUAUUUGAACUGUGCCCUUCCAGUCAGCAAUAUUAUAAGGCUAUAUCUAUAUCACUUCUGUUUUAGGGCUGAGUUAGAACAUUACCUAUUGGCUAUUGUCUGCAAUAUUUCCAAGUUUUUAGAAGUUUAAAGAAUAUACAGGAUUUUAUAUGCGCUUUAAUUUCUGCGAUUAAUAUCACAUGAAAAAUAUUAAACUUGACAUAUAAAUUUCAUGUGUUCCUGAAUCGCAGGUUUUUAAUUCAUGUCUACUUCCUCCUGCAGUGUACGUUCUUGUCUCAUCCUACGUCCUACACUGUCACUGAAUAUAUAUGAUUUGUCAAUUUGCCCUCUUGGCACUAUGAAAUAUAUAUUGGCAUUGAAACUGGAAAAAAGCGGUGAUUUUAUAAGGUUCUCUCUGCUUUGCAGAUGCCUGUUUUAAUUACGUUGGGUUAUUAAUGUUUAUAGUUUGCAAAAGAAAUCGUGCGCUAUUGACGUAUUGACUAUUGUAAUGAUUUUUAUAAUUCAUCAUUUAUUUCAUGAUUCAUCGCAAGUGACAUGGCCAUGGGCAUGAGUCUAGAUAAUUUAUCAAUUUCUUACAGUUGCCAGUCUGACACGAGGUGACAAGCUACUUUUCAUUAGAUUCAAAUCUGUGUUUCUGCAUGGCCUAUUCAACGCAGCAAAGGUGAAGAUAGCGAGGGGGUAGGGGUUGCUCUGUUCCUAUACUUGGUGCUUAGUAUAUAAUAUAAUAUUCGACAUUUGUACGAGAUACAAAAGUUCGUUACCAGGACCAAGUGCAAUGUGUUUAUCUAUAAAAUAUUCAAUCUGCAUGCUGAAACUGGAAAGUCUAUUUGCGUCAUGUCAUGAGCAAGGCACGUCCUGCUGAUGCAAGCAGCAACCAAUUUCUAUUUCAACAGCUGCUCUGAAAAUUUACAAUUAUUUUCACAAGAAAUCUGAUGUAAUACGAUUAGAGUUUUAAAUAAUAUGCUCAGAUGACAGUAUGUUAAAAUUUAGCAUAUAAAAUUUGUAUUUGCAUAUAUAUGUUUUAGUUUUAAAAGUAAAAAAGUUAAAAAAAUAAAAAAGUUAAAAAAAUUAAAAAGUUAAGCAAUACUUUCAUCUGUGAUCUGAUCUGAGCAUAUUAAUAAUUUAUUAUAUAAAAUUUCGUAAGAAUUGCAUGUUCAACUUAAUUCAAGUCAUCAUUAAUUUAGGAUUGCUGGCUCCUUUGUCAAAUUUAUUUUGUAUGUACUGCAUUUAGGGCGAACUCCAAAAAUCAGUAAUAAAAUAUCAAUAUUUAUCAAUGCAAUGUAUCGGAAAGGCUUCCUUUCUCGAGGGUUUAUUAAUGCCAAUGGUCGGAAUUAUGUUACUAUAUAUUUAGUAAAACUGCUACAUUAAUUUUAAAUUUUAAUAAUGUCACGAUAAUUAUGGCCAAAACGUAGAAAAAAGUGGGCAACUGAUUAAUAAUGGUCCAUUGAAUAUUGCGGUGUUUCUGUCUAUGUGAACUGGUCGGCAAAAGCUGGUGUUCACUGUCAAACAAGCUUAUCUGUAAUGAUUAUAUUUCUAUUGAACUUUGGAUCAAACAAGCAUCUGUCGUGCAUCUUUUUGUUAUGACGGCAGCGUGUAUGCGAGUCUCCUGUGGCGAUAAGUGUAUUAAUGUAUGCAGCAAAAAGAUUAAUUUCAUAUUUUCAAUAUUACUUCAAUAUGUUAUCAUAUGACACAACGUGUACAGAUAGAGUUCGGAAAUAAAAGCACAAAAUCUUUCGUUUACUCAUGAUGACAGCUUAUUUAAAACUCUGCAUUUGUUUGCAUGAAUAUUCAAUCACUGUUUGCAUUUGGCUUCACUCAGUAUUGUUUUCACUUGAUAUUAAUCCAUCCUCAGUUGCAUGAAAGCGUCAGUCUUAGUUUAGAAAUCAGUCAAUCAGUACAUUUUUGAAUUUGAUUCGCUGUUAUUUUCCAUCUGGUUUUCAUUCUGAUUAUUGUAUUGUUUUCAUUGUACUAUUAAUCUGUCACUGCAUCGCCGCGCAGUGUAACGUACGUUGUUCACACCGAUUAAAAUCCUUUCAUGAAUACCAAAAAUUUCGGUGAUGAGGAAAACAUGCAUAUCGAAAAUCCGUACACAUCUGUUACGAACAAUGUCAAUGUACAAAAGACCUAUUUCACUCCAUUCCCUAUAUUUUUAUUACAUGUCUAGUUCCAAACAAGGUAUUACUAAUGUCUUGCACUUUAAAACUUGACAUGCACAAAAUAUAUUUAUAAAAUAGGAACUUUGUGUUUUUCGAAACUUUUCUAUGGACUGACAUUUGCUUAUUUAUACAUCUUCCCUUGCAUAUCCUGUUCACUGUUCUCUCCAAAGUCAUGUGCACACGAGGGUUCUGUUGUUUACCAUAAAUCACAUGCUGAUCCUUUUAUUCAAGAACGGAGGUCCAUGUCUCGUACUAGCACUCGUGAUCAUUGGCCAUGCAUUGUCGACGAAGGAACCAUGGAAAAUAAAAUGUUUGCAUUGAUUUGCACAAUAAUGCUUUGCGCUUUUUGCAUAUUUAAAAUAGCCAAUAAGCUCUUGGUGGCUUGGUGGCACAGCCACAAUUGAAAAUCCAAUAUGAUCACGCGCGUAAGAACAAUGAUAACAAAAACAGCAGGGAGUAAAUGUGGCUGCCCGCAAUCCGUAUCCCAGCUUUAUUUGCUCCUUUAUUACACAGCAGUACGGCUGUUUUCAUGCACGCACGAAAUUACUGAUAUCAAUCGUACAGCAUAUUGCACACAGUGCGUGCGAAUAAGAAUAUUUGGAUAAGUUCAUAAAAUUCAAUCUGCAUUUUCACACGAAUUUCUAUAUUCAUGUUGAACAAUUAUAUUUGCAGAGAAUGAAUGUGGUAUUACUUCUUAACUGUGACGCUGCCAACGAGAAGGCCGGACUCAGACAGGCCCACAAUGUGUUGAGACAACUCUGUGAUAAUGGAAACAAAGUCACGAUAUUUGGUGAGUGGAAACAUUUUGAUGCUAAAUCCCUGACUUUCCGGUGCCAACUCUUGUUUGGAAAAACUCGACAUUAUUAUAUGGCAACACCUACAGUACAGGCAGGCAAUUGUACUGGCAAAACAAGGCGACGCAUUUUUAUUGUAUCUUACAAAGUUCGAAGGAGUUCAAUAUCAUUAUGGAUUGACCUUGUUGCUUAAAUCUUCGUGUUAAUCAUAAAUUUAUCUAUGGAUUCCAACAAUUGGAGCAGACCUCUCAACUCACACGAUUUUGUCAUGUGACUCACGAUUUUAAGCCUAAUCUCUCACGAUCUCACGGCAAGACUUCGCUUUCACAUGACAAUUAGCACUCUAAAAUUCAUUCAUGUUGUACCUAUUGUUGUGUUGAUCACACAUGCAUAUCAUAGCAACUCUGAAUUUUUGUUUUUACCCAUUAUAUCUAGAAAGAAUCCUAUAUGAAAGCUCCUAUAUGAUUAUUAUAUUGCAGCUCAUUGCUGAAAUGUUUGAUCUAAAUUGUGUAUUCUAUCUUGUUUAUCAUCUUUCAAAUAGUAAGAAAACACGAAAUGUCAAUUUCGGGUGCAUAAAGUUCGAAAUUUUCAGGGAGAUUCUCACGUCAUAAUGCAUGUUCAAGUUGAGAGGUCUGUUGGAGGCAAAAGUGAAAUAUUCUUCUUCUGCAUGCUAACAAGAGGAUCCAAGUAGAUUUUACCUUGCACAUCUGCAAAUCAAUCAAUUACAUUUCAAGUGGUUUCAGUAAUCAAACCAAGAGAGGAAAAAUAUAUUUUAAGCAACAUUGUACAGGACAUUCUAGCCUUCCAAAAAAAUAUGGAAGGACAUCAUUUCAAUCGCUGGAGUUAAAAUAGGAUACUAAUCUCAUUGUAUUGAAAAUUGAAUAAGUUUUAAUGUAGAUCCUUUGUGAUGUCUAUUUGAAAUGGUCCCCAACAGAAAACACACACUCAUCAAUGAGGCACGCCUAAGCUUGCCUAGACUGACAAAUACUCAAUAUGAGAUUUCCGGGCAUUGUAUUGUAUUCUUCAGAUACUUGUGGCAAUAUUCACAUUGAUUAUCAAUCAGUUUCAGUCGGUGCUUUCAAGAGUUAAACUAUAUUGAUAUAUGUCAAAACAUAUGUUGAUAGUGUGGCCACUGGACUGCUGAUAGAAACAGUAGGAAACAAUCUGGCAAAAAUAAAUUAAGGAUUUUAUGACGUAGUUAAUGUAUACAAUCAUGUAUAUCUGCACGCAAGGGCUUAGAAUGUUUCUACAUGGAAGACCAGUGCACCAUUUCUAUCAUUGUUACUCAUCGCAAGAUACAAGUAUCAAGUUUGUUACAUGCGAUUGCAUAUCAUUAAAAAUAAAAGAAGUCAUUUUGAUACUUUAUAACCUUGCUUUGCGCGAAACGUUUUGCGUCAUCAUUAUUGUCAGAAGCACCAUUUCUUCAAACUGAUAAUGAAACUGUUAAUCUUGGUUUAGUCCUCGCUAACUAGUUCUACUGAUAAUUCACACCUUUACAAUCUACACGAUUUCAGGACUCUGCCUGAAUAUAAUUUUUUAAUUACUUUUUUCUCAACAGAAUGCAAACAGACGGCAAGAUUCGUAUUUGAAGAACCAGCAAGCUUACUGUCAACGAAAAUCCUGGAUCAACGCUUUCCAAAGAGAAUUGCUGAGGCAGAUGCGACACUGUUAAUCACAGAUAAAGCAGCUACAGACUGUCCUGCAUGUGUGCGCAAAGUGACAAACCUCGACAAAAGUGUCUACGUUUGGAAUUCGUGUGGUAUAAACUGUAUACUGUUAGGUGGCUCAAUCCACAGUCGCCAAGCAGCCAUGCAACUGCAUGCGAUCUUGGAGGAACGCAAUUACUACCCAUAUAUGGCGAAUGUGUUACCCAGGCAGUGCUCGUGGCAUAAUAUGUAUAGAGUGGAUCAAAGUAUGGAAACGGCUGGACCCUGUGUGCUGUGAUAGUGUGGCACUUUCCCUCACUCGAGGGUUGUGUGAAUAUACUUUGCACUUUAAAAGCAACUCUUAUAUACAUCAUAGAGCACAAGUUAUGUAAAAACAAAAAAAAAAUGGACCCAUUAACGUGCGGGAUCGCGCCUACACGAGGGACGAUAGUGUGUAUGUUUGUACAUAAACUUAUAUUCGGGUGUAGAUAUGACAAUGUAGAUAGGGUAGGGGGAUGAAAAAAUCAUUGGGUUUGUUAAAAUUGUUGUAUAGUUAUGUUAAUAUGAAAAAUAUAAAUAUGUAUGCAC